UGUGUUGUAAGUGACCACUUGUGAUCACACAUUACUUUCCUGCUCCUCCCUGCUGGAAAUGAAUACAUCCAUUUCUAUUUGCAAGGAUCAAGUAUAUUGAUAUUUAUAAUCAGUAGCAGGCUGCAAUGCACUUCCUGUGCCUAGUCUGCUGGAUAUUAAAAGAAGAGGGAAUUCCUUGGUGUGUUCCCAGACAAAAAAUUGGCCAAGAUGUCUGAUUCUUUUGUAAUAUCUCUGGGCUAUUUGAAAUUUUCAGAUUUCCUGGCCAGCUCGUACGAUUUGUGAACCAAUUGAGUGCUUACUUCCGCUCAUGCAGAGGACGUCAGCUGAGACGCUUGUGUCUCAGUGUGGCUCCAGAACACAUUCACGUCUCGUCUAAAAGAAUGUGGCCAUAUGCGUCCCAGACGACUUCUGACCAAUCUGAUGUCAUGGCCUCAAAGCCUUGGUGCAUUCACACCUGUACUUAGAGCUGUCCGCUUGUGAUUGGAUCAGCUAAGAAGGAUGUAAGUGCCAGUUAUGAACAGGGUCACUGAGGACAUAGUUCUCAAUUUCAAUUUUGUUAUGCCAUAAAACUUCUUUCUACUUCAAUUCAAAAGAACAUUUAUCACCAAUAACUAAUACUUUUUUUUUUAUGCAUGAUUCUCUGUGUGUCGGCAGUCCACUGUAGAUCAAUGUUGUAAAACAAUGAAACAUGAAAAAAGGGGGAUGAAUAAUUGGUGUAGGUUCUUAAAGUCCUAAAGACAAUCACGAUCUGUGUAAUGAGGAGACAAUCAAAUGUAUCAAAUCUCUGUUAUUGUCAAUGGACUGAGCGUAAGAAACAGUAUUUCAGUUAAAGGUCAUAUAUUUUAAGCGUUGUAAUAGAAAUAUGAAUAUAAUUUAUUUUUAUUAAAUUACUACAAUGUCUUUAUAAAGGUCUGUGAAAUGUAAUCCCUUCACGCUGAAGAAAAAUAUUUUGACUAGUAGUAGAAACUGAUGUGUAAAUUGAAUGAUCUCCUGCAAGUGGCUUUUCAAAUGAAUGUUGUUUCCAAUCCUGCAUAUUAUUUUACAUUAGUCAAACCUUAUUGAUUAAGCGUCCCUUUUGAUCCAGUCCUCUGUUUUCAUAGUAAUCUAAACACAACCUUGUGAAGCACAAAUGCAAAUAAUGGUGUUUGGUUAUCGCUCGCCGACAAAUGUUAAGAGAUGCAAAAUCAAUGCCUUAAUUCAACAUUUGCAUUUCUAAUGUUGGCAUUUCCCAAACUUAAACCCUCUUGUGUCCCGUGCCAUUUCCCAAAGCCCCAGACGAAAUCUGAAUGAAGAAUGGGAAAAGACUCGGCUCAUGAAUGAUGUACAAGCUAAUGAGUUGUGUAAGAUUGAGAAGUGUUUAUAUCACAUCCUUGGUAAUAAGCUCCUUCAGUACCAUGAGUAAAUCUCCAGUCAUUGUCUGGCCAUAAGAUUCCUGUAUGAGCUUUACACACAUGCCUCUGGUUCUGAUUGAAAACGUAGUCUGUUGUGUUUCCGUUUAUUUUAACAUUUAAAGGCGUUUUUAGUAAUUUACCGACACCCAAGCCCCAUCUCAAACGGUUGAAGGAGAGCAGUUUUUUCACACUGGGAGAUGCAACUGUGGCUUUAAAACUGCUCGGAAUAAGGUUCCUGCACAGCUUUGCAAUGAGACCUUGAUGAGAAUGUUCCUGGAGAAAUGGAUGUCAUUGAUAGUAAAGACUGUUGACCUCUACUGAAGGGGUUCCAGCGAGAGAGAUGAAUUUGUGUUGCAGCAAAAGUCGUCAGCAGCCGGUUUCUACUCGUAGUUCUGGAAUAAUGACAUGGGGGGCUGGUCUCCGCAGUGCUCUUGCUCAGCACAAUGUCCGCCUGCGUGUCCGGGCCGAGUAUCUGGAGCACGAGUCUGCACUCCGUGGCAACGUCUCCUCGGACAAGCGGCAGCCACUAGAGCGGCAGUUCGAGUUGUUCAGCCAAGCCAGUUCGCUGCUGCGCGCCAGAGACCUGGGUUCCAUCGUCUGUGACAUCAAGUUCACAGAGCUGGACAAUCUGGAGGCCUUCUGGGGGGACUACCUGAGUGGAGCGCUGCUGGAGGCCCUGAAGGGAGUCUUCAUCACGGACUCACUGAGGAUGGCAGCAGGCACAGAGGGCGUGCGCCUGCUGAUCAGUGUGGACCAGGACGACUAUGAGGAGGGCCGCAAGCUGCUGAGACCUAGGAGAGAGCAGUCUCCAUGUACCGGGGGGGCCUCAGAGUCUCUUUGGUCUGUGUAGGAUGAUGAGACUCUUUGAGGUGCAUCACAUUAGAUUUAAAGAAUUUAAUUGUACGUAAUGCAACACACAGUUUACUUACAGGCACAUUUAUACGUGUGAUCCAUCUAGUAACCACUAGAUGGCAGCAUGUACCAUUAGUUUGUGUUCAUCUCAGGCCCUGCAUUUUCAAAAUGGUCAGUUUGUAUUGAAAUCCUUUCUGUUAUUUGUGACAGGAAAGUGAAUCAUAAUGGAUCAAUGUGCUUUUCCUUUGGAUUCACGCACAGGUGCUACUUUGUAGGACCAGGAAGAGGCAGGAUUUAUCAACAGUUUUCCUCUUUAAGUGGUAAGCCCCACCUCACAUAAUAAAUGUCAAGACUCCAGGGAUGCCGCAAAAUAUAGAAAAAAUGUAAUUGUGUUGUUACAUUCUUCUGCUAAUGGUCAAGGUUGAGACCACGCGCAUACACAAGCCGUCUUAAUGGGCCACAAUAAUCCAAAACAUUGUGUGCUUAUGUUGUCCUAAUGAAUGCUUGGCCAGUCGGGGAUCCAACUUUCAAAAUGGCAGGAGAAAAUGUAUACCUAAAAAAUAACGCCCUAAAAUGAAAAAUAAUAACUUGGUAUCUAAAUUUGAAAAAAAAAAAAAAAAAUGGAACCAACAAUACUAAUCCAUCAAAACUAAUUAAAAAAAACUAGGUAGCCUGCCAGGAAAAGUUUCUGAUCUUUGAAAAAAUGUGUGCGAUUUUGAGUCCAAAUGGAAAAGUGGGCUGCUCUCAGUAUAAAUUGACCUUUGGUCUAACUUCACUGAGCCUAGUCCGCACAUAAACACCUUGAUAACAAACACGAGGCUUCUCGGCGCUGUGUACCACGAUAACCCAACUUGUGAUUGCCGUGGUCGGUGGAUACGGCAGUUGCCAGUAGAUGACAGCAGUGAUUAGGGCUAGGUCUCAGCAGACCAUGGAGGGAUUCAUCAUCACAAGCUUGUCAACAGCAACUCGGAUAAUGCAACGGUGGCUUGUGUCCAGGCUUCCAGCGAGGCCCCAGCAAGUGCUUCUCUCAGCAAGUAAAGCACAGGACAGUGCGUCGGUCAAUAGAAGUGAUGUUGGGGAGAUCAAAAUCAAAAGUGCACAUCCCAGCUCCACUCAGCCCUGCUAUGUUGGCCCAGUAGAGUGGCUCACGGACAGCUGUCUAUUCAGCCUGCUGGAACUAAUGCCUGGACUUCACUCAUAGAAGACGAUCAAUAAGGCCCCUCACUCUUAAGUCCCUUCAUACAGGCACGACUUAAGCAGACAGACUUGCUACUGUCUGAAGUGGAAAGUCCUUCUGGACCAGCCAGAGGGAGGGACAGUAGGACAAUGGACAUAUUUCCAUGUUUACUUUUGUGUACAAAGGUCUUUUUGGUACAUCAGUUUGUAAUGUUUGUUUGUAUUAUUAAUAGGGGGGGGGGGGUAUUUAAAUACUGGAAAAUAUUUGUUAAAAAAAUAUAUGCUUUUGGUAUAAAAGUUAUUUUUUGUGGAAAUCUUUGUAUGUUAGAAAUUAUUUUUGGUCAUAAAAAAUAAAGAGUUGAUGGCCUAAAGCUA